UUCUAGCAUUUUCCUUACCGGAAACAGAGAGAGACCACGAGAGCUCCAGCAAUGGCGUACUUCAUCGUCCGGCUCACUCUAGCAUCACUCGCAAGUCAAAUCCUUUCUUCUUCUACACUCUCUUCUCGUUCUCGCUUCGCUUUCGCACUCCUUAUCAACCAGCAAACCCACCGAUUCGCGCCCGACCCGGUCAAAGUACAGACCCGCCCCAAGACCUCCGGGCCGGGAUACUCGCCCGUCAACGAUCCACCUACAACCUGCAGCAAACCACGAAGAAAUAGAACCGAUGGCUGCGACUACGAGCACUGGCUCAUCCUCAUGGAGUUAACGACCGACCCAAAACCCUCCGAGGAGGAAAUGAUGGAUUCCUUUGUCAAAACUCUAGCCAAUGUUGUGGGAAGUGAGGAAGUGGCGAAGAAGAAGAUAUACUCGGUUCUUUAUUCGCCAAUGUCGACGUAUGCAGGAUUUGGAGCUUUGAUUUCCCGGGAGCUAUCUGAGAAGGUUAAAGGGUUAGCUGGUGUUCGUUCGGUGGAACCGGAUUUUUAUCUUGAUCAAGCCAACAAAGAUUAUGGAGGGUAUUUGGUUGUUGAUGGGAAAGUUGUCCGGUGCGGGGAAACAAUUGUAAGUUCAGAGAAGAGAGGGAAUGCAAAGACAGACCAUGGCUUAUGAUCAGGGAACACCUGCACAGCAACCAACAUCAAUGGAUAGCCAGAAUUCGGAACGGGGUGGAAGGACAGACUGCCAGGUGAACCAAGGAGAAUUAGAUCACUUGCUAAUAAUUUUCCGAAGCAAAAUCACUCCAUCAGUUUUUGUCGGCUUAAUUAAGGUUAUGUUUCAAAAUGUGCAUGUUGCUUCUUCUC